AUGGACGGCUUGACUAAAGCCCAAAUUCAACACGCUAAAGAAGCCAUUCAACAUUAUGAAGGACUACAGGAUGCCAUCAGAAGGCAUGAGGCUUCAAUCAACGAAUUCACAGGCCAUUUGUUUCUGAUGUUAGUAAAGUUUGAGGAAAUAAUCGGUGCCGAAAGAGUUCAGGUUUCCCCCAUUGUCAAACCGAUUCAAGCCGAUGUUGCUACUAGAGUGUCACAAUUUAAAAGCCGAAUCGAUCAUGUUUUGACAGAUUAUCUAAAACUCGUUAAAAAUAUACAAAAAGUAUUCAAAGAAAAAGGCUACCUUGAAUUAGACUUGAGAAAAUAUACAUCGGACAACAAGAAGUUGAAGGAAAAACCGCAAUUGUUAGAUAAAGAAUAUAAGAGGAUCUUUGAAAACCAGAGGAAGAUUGAAGAAUCGAGAGAAAAGCUUGACAAUCUCAACAACGUGUUGAAAGCAGAGCUUCCAUCUUUUCUUGUGUUAAGCAAUGAAAUCGCCAAGUGUAUCUCUGUCAUCAUUUUCUUCCACUUGCAUGACCUUUACAAGUCAAUGUUUGAUUCCUUCAGCCUUGCUAAAAGGUUUUUCCCCAACAUUGAUCUCAAUAAUAUCUACUUCGAAAACAACACCCGCAAGGUGAAAGAAGUGCAGAAAAGCAUAUGUGAGAGGCUCGAAUCUCUCCAAAUGUUCAACCAUUACUCCAAUUUAUACAACGUCACACCAUCUGAGGAUGCAGGAAAAGAAUUGGUUUUGUGCUUGAAAUCCUCUAAACUGGGAAAAGCUCUUUACAGUUUCGAAGGGGAAAGAAGAACCGACUUGUCUUUCAGCAAAGGUGACUACGUUACAGUAUUGGAGGAAAGUCCCACAGGAUGGUGGAAAGGACGGCUUGUCAAAAAUGGAGCCACGGGGAACUUCCCCUUCAACUACUUCUCAUUCCAAGAGUAG